UUUAUGUACAUCAAGGUGCGAGUGUGCGACUUCUCCAAAUAAAAAAAGGUGCGAUUUUGUAAUAUUCUUUGAUUCUCAUCCCUGUUGAAGAAAAUGGUGAAGGGUCCUGGACUUUACUCUGAAAUCGGCAAGAAAGCCAAAGAUCUUUUGUACAAGGAUUAUCAAAGUGAUCACAAAUUUACCCUUACCACCAUCACCUCCGCCGGAGUUGCUAUCACUUCUACUGGUUCAAAGAAGGGAGAGUUGUUUUUAGCUGAUGUUGGAACUAAGUUUACAAACAAGAACAUUACCACAGAUGUCAAAGUUGAUACUAACUCCAACCUUCUCACUACAAUUACAGUUGAUGAACCUGCCCCUGGUUUGAAGGCUAUUUUCAGUUUUCGUGUUCCGGAUCAGAGAUCUGGCAAGGUUGAACUGCAGUACUUGCAUGAGUAUGCUGGCAUCAGCACAAGCUUUGGUUUGACAGCAAACCCCAUUGUUAACUUCUCCGGAGUUUUUGGAAACAGUACUCUUGCUUUGGGGACUGACCUUUCAUUUGACACUGCUUCUGGAAAUUUCACUAAGUGCAAUGCUGGACUGAGCUUUACCAAUGCUGAUUUGAUUGCAUCUUUAAAUUUGAAUGACAAAGCUGACACCUUGAUUGCUUCAUACUAUCAUAUCGUGAGCCCACUGACCAAGGCAGCUGUUGGUGCAGAAUUGAGCCACAGCUUCUCAACUAAUGGGAAUACACUCACCUUUGGUACUCAACAUGCAUUGGACCCACUGACUUCAGUGAAGGCUCGUGUUGACAACUAUGGGAAAGCAAGUGCGCUCAUCCAGCAUGAAUGGCGUCCUAAAUCAACUAUCACCAUUUCUGGGGAGGUGGAUACUAGUGCUAUCGACAAGACUGCUAAGGUUGGAUUGGCUUUGGCUUUGAAACCUUAAGAGCUGCCCUGUUUUUCUGUUUGGUGAAGAUCUAUGAAAUCGGGGAAAUAAGAAGGGCAAGUCUUGUAGAGAACUUUUUGUUCGGAAUUCGUUCACCAUGGGCUUGUGAACUUGCUUCUUGGUGGUCAAUUGUAUACAAUAAUUAUGGCUGGUGGUGCACCAGUUCUAUUUAUUUUUUUUCAGAAGUUCGUUUGUUGAUGAGAAGGUUUUGAGUAACAGUUCAAUUUGAGUGUUGCAUUUUUGUAAUUGCAAUGUAAUCAUAUUUUUUGAAAUCCUGUAUCAUUUUCACUUUAUGCUAAUGAUUUUAUUUUUACUA